AUGUUACCAGAUGAUCGAUACCUUCCAAGAGCGGCAAGGUGGAACAUCAAAGAAAUAUCUGUUGAGUUUCUAAAGGAUAUGGAGGCUUCGCAAUACACAUUCUCUAAAGAAUUUAAGGAUGAAUAUACUAUGUAUGAAAAAGAAAUGUUGAAUGAAAUUGCUCAAAGGCUUCCAGUUGAAGAAGUGCCAUUGACAGUAGAUUGGCAAGAAAAAUUCGAGGAUUUGGAAGUAAAGAAUGAAGAUUUGAGGCUGACAAUUGCAGAAAAAUGGUGUGAAUUACAGAGAAGGAAAGAGGACGGCCUCCCCAUUGAUGUGAGUAUCCUAGAAGAGCUUUUGAAUGAUAUAUAUCACAGAGCUUACCCACCUCCACAACCAAACUCGGGAGAAGAAGAAUCUAGCAGUAGCUCUGAAGAAGGGCAUGAUGAUUUGGAUGACACCGUUCCAUCAGCAACUACUCCUUUGGUAACAGAGGAUGAACAGGAAAUUCCAGAUGAUACCCAAGAAAAGUCGAAUGAACAGGGAAAUGCUACUCCAACAAUGCCUGUUAUGGGGGGCUCUGAAGAAAAUCUCACACAGUUCGAUAUUGAAGUUUCACAGUUUAAAAUUUUGGCUAGAUCUGAUUUGGAGCGAAAGGUGAAAGAGCUGCAAGAGGAAAAGAGCAUGCCAGAACCAUCACAGGUAAGUUAUAUUCUUUCUAGUAUUAGUUUAGUUUGUAAAAAACUAAAACUUGUCAGUACAUAUCUACUAUACUGA